AUGCAAUUCUUAAAAACGUGCCAAGCAGUGGGUGAUUCUGCACUUACCCCCAUUCUGGGUCUGGUCCCGAUAACAGAAGCGUACCAAAACAUAAUAUUUCUAAAGAUUCUACGAGUCGACAAAGUUUGAAAACCCCUGGAAUAUAGUAAAUGGUGAUAAAUCCUCCCUACUGCUUAAUAUCCAGAAUAAUCUGCACAAAUUCUCAACUUCAGGGAUGCCACAGAUAUGAAAUUCAGGUGAUGGACCAAAAUAAGUCUCCAGAAUUGGAAACUCUGUAUCACUGCGAGGCAUUUCUAAAGGAUAAUUUUAACAUAAUAGAUGCUCGAUACUUUAGAUUAGUUACUACUCCUAAUGAAUGUAAUUAUUUGGAUGAAUUACUACGGACUAAAGAGUUUAAAGAUAUUUUAUCUCGAUCGUCUUUCUGUUAUGAUGUCAAUUUUGCAAAUAGUUCCCAAAGUCUUCUGCUAUAUUCAACUUCACAACAACCUUCAGUAGAAGAUAUUAUUAAUAGCUCUGUAGAUACUAAAUCUGAAUUAUCAAACCACUUGUUGCUAUCAAACGGCAGUUCUGAAGUAAAAGAAAAUGAAAUCAACAAACCAACUGAGCAACAACUUAUGAUUAUUAUUAAUAGAUUAACUAAUAUUCUGCUGAACUUUUUUGAAAAACCUCAUGAUUAUUCAAUAUAUCACAAGAAUAUCAUUUUUCAAAAUAACAUCAAAGGAGUAACAACAAAGGGUCUACCAGCUUAUGUUCAAAAUAUGUACUUAAUAAAGUUGUAUGGAUACAUACAUUAUGCCAAAGUAAAAGUAGAAAUUUUAAAAAUAACUCAUCACAUAGAAGAUGGAACUGUCAGGGUUAGGUGGCGUGUUAAUGGUGUAACUCGUACGAAAGUCCUGAUGAGGUUGUGGAAAACGAAUUCUCUUCGUUGGAAAGAAUAUUCUGAAGAAGAGACAGAAUGGUUGGAUGGAUUUUCGGUAUUUAGUGUAGGACCAGAUGGUCUAAUAUUCAAACAUGUUUGUGAUAAGAUGAUUCCUGAUGAUGAGUUAUCUGUUUUGAAACAAGUGGAUCUAAAGUCAAGGUUAUUAGGGCUUCUUGGACUAACACCAAGAGGACCAGCCACUGGAAAUUUGAAUGCAUUAAUUCCUUGUUCUUAUAACCAAGAAAUUAUGUCUUCCAAAAAACUUACAUGACAACAUGUAAUUUUUUAGUUUCAGUUGUUAAAUUAAUCUAGGUUCUCAAGCUUUACUUGUAGAAUACUGUAAAUAUCAUUAGAGAUCACAUUCUGUUAUAUAUCUCAUAAAUUUUAAUUAAAGAUUAUAGAAGCACUUAUGCUGUAAAAGCAAAGGAUAAAAAUAAAUAUCUUAAUAUGCAAUA